ACAACUAUCAACACAAUGAACUUUUCGUUAUCGAACUUUAGCCAUUAUCGAGAGAAUUUUUUUCGAACAGAAGUGACGAAGGAAUUUGCAGAAAGGAAAAAGUGGAGAAGGAAGGAAGAAGAAAUAGGAAAAAAUAUUCGAAGAGGAAAUAUGAAACUGUUACAGUGUGUUAUUUUUUGGGUGGCUCUGUGUCUCACGUUCUCUAAGGGAUAUCGAAUACUCGGAGUUUUUCCAAUAAAUGUUAAGAGUCACUUUAUUAUGUUCGAAGUAUUGAUGAAAGGACUUGCUAAGAAGGGCCAUCAGAUUGACGUGAUCAGUUCGUUCCCAUUGGAAAAGCCGCUGGUUAAUAUCAUCGAAUUAGCUGUGUUAAAAUCGCGAGUAACAUUGAUCAAUAAUCUUUCGUACGACGUUAUGAGGACGAAUUUCUCGAAUAAUGGGUUACGCACGAUAUCAACGAAUUGUAUUAUCACUUGUGAACAUUUGGCAAAUCCACAAAUCCAAAAAUUAAUACAUAAUCCAACAAAAGACGUAUCAUACGAUAUCAUUUUGAUAGAGAUUUUUGGUGCCAACUGUUUUGCAGUACUCGGACAUGUCCUCAAUGUACCAGUUAUCGGAGUCAGUUCCUCUGAUCUCUAUCCAUGGCACCAUCAUUUAAUUGGAAAUCCUGAAAAUUUGGCCAUCUUUCCUAACAAUUUAUUAAAGUACAGUAAUCGAAUGAACUUUUGGCAACGAACGUAUAACGUUCUAACAACUGUCUACAACAAGAUAUACUUCAAUCAUUUGACCGAAUAUCAAGACGAACAAAUAAGAAAGUACGUCGGUCCGAAUUUACCGGGUGUUCGAGAAUUAGAAAGGAAUAUUUCUUUGAUUCUGUUGAACACAUAUUUCUCUCUGAAUGGAAUCAGACCGAUGACACAGGCUCUUAUCGAAGUCGGUGGAUUACAUAUUCAAGAUGACGGCACGAAAAUAUCAUCAGAGCUACAAAAAUGGCUCGAUGAAAGCAAAGAUGGUUUUAUCUAUUUCUCGUUCGGUUCGAUGAUCAAGAUAGAAUCGAUUCCGAGACACGUUCUCGAUAUAUUCUAUAAAUCUUUCGGAAAGAUAUCGCCAGUAAAUGUUUUAAUGAAGAUUUCAAAUUCUGAAGAGUUACCACCUGGUUUGUCAAAGAACGUUCGCAUUUCGUCAUGGCUACCGCAAUUGAAAAUUUUAAAACAUCGGAACUUGAAGGCGUUUAUUACUCACGGUGGUCUUAUGGGGACACAGGAGGCCAUUUCUUGCGGCGUUCCAAUGAUCGGAAUACCUCUCUUCGCUGACCAAUUUAUAAAUAUCGAUAAGUACGUAAGAAAGAAUAUCGCGGUGAAACUAGAUUACGAAAAUUUGUCGGAAGAUAAUAUGGACGCUGCAUUGAACGCGAUCUUGUAUAAUUCUACGUACAGAGAGGCGGCACGUAAGCUGUCACAACAAUUUUUGGAUAGGCCGUUGAAGCCAAUCGACACAGCUAAUUUUUGGAUCGAAUAUAUCGUGAAAUAUGGAAAGGACGCACUUCGUUCACCGGCCAUGGACUUGAAUUGGUGGCAAGUCGAACUUUUAGAUGUAUAUGCAUUUCUACUGUUAACUUCGAUCGUUAUCGUUUACAUAAUAAUUCAUUUAACUCUAAUAUUUCUGAACAUGAUAUCAUCAAAGGUAAACAUCAAGGUUUCACGAGUGAAAAAGAUGUUAAUCGGAGAAGUUAAAACAAAUAAAGUGAAAAAAGGGAAAUAUCUCCGAAGAAAAAUGAAGGUGUUGCGGUACAUAAUUUUUUGGAUGGAUUUGUGUUUCACGUUCUCUCAGGGAUAUCGAAUUCUCGGAAUUUUUCCAUAUCAAUCGAAGAGCCAUUUUAACAUGUUCGAAACUUUGACGAAAGGUCUAGCUAAGAAGGGCCAUCAAGUUGACGUGAUUAGUCCGUUCCCACAGAAAAGACCGUUCGUCAAUUAUACCGAUUUAAUUGUGAUACCACCACAAUUAAAUAUCGUUAAUAACAUUUCUUACAAUAUCGCAAAAAAUAUCUGGACAGUACAAAUAGUGUCAGUCAUAGCUGGUAAUGAUAUUUGUGAACACUUGGCACAUCCAGAUAUUCAAAAACUAAUCCACAAUCCUCCGAAGGAUCCACCCUACGACGUCGUUUUGAUACAGGUUUUUGCUGCCCAUUGUUUUGCAAUAUUUGGACAUCUUUUCAACGUACCAGUGAUCGGCAUCAGUCCUCCAAAUCUUUAUCCGUGGUACAAUUCUUUCGUUGGUAAUCCCAAAAAUUUGGCUAUCCUUCCCAAUAAUUUAUUGCCUUUUGUGAAUCCAAUGAAUUUUUGGCAACGAAUAUAUAACACCCUAAGCACUGCCAUCAAUCAGAUAUACUUCAAUCAUUUGACCGAAUAUCAAGAUGAACAAAUAAGAAAGUACGUCGGUCCGAAUCUACCGAGUGUGCGACAAUUAGAAGCCAAUAUUUCCAUGAUUCUGGUGAAUUCAUAUUUUAGUUUGGACGGAAUCAGACCGUUAACACAGGCAAUCAUCGAAGUCGGUGGAUUACAUGUUCAAGACGACAACUCGAAAUUACCACCAGAACUAAAGAAAUGGAUGAACGAGAGCAACGACGGUUUUGUCUAUUUCUCAUUCGGUUCGAUGGUCAAAAUCGAAUCGUUUCCGAGACACAUUCUCGAUAUAUUCUAUAAAUCUUUCGGAAAGAUAUCGCCGGUAAAUGUUCUAAUAAAGAUUGCAAAUCCUAAGGAGUUACCACCUGGUUUGCCAAAGAACAUUCGUAUUUCGUCAUGGCUACCGCAAUUGAAAGUUUUAAAACAUCGGAACGUGAAGGCGUUUAUUACUCACGGAGGUCUUCUGGGGACACAGGAGGCCAUUUCUUACGGCGUUCCAAUGAUCGGAAUACCUCUUUUCUCCGAUCAAUUUACGAAUAUCGCUAAUUACGUGAAGAAGAAUAUCGCGGUAAAACUAGAUUACGAAAAUUUGUCGGAAGAUAAUAUGGACGCUGCAUUGAACGCGAUCUUGUAUAAUUCUACGUACAGAGAGGCGGCACGUAAGCUGGCACAACAAUUUUUGGAUAGGCCGUUGAAGCCAAUCGACACGGCUAAUUUUUGGAUCGAAUAUAUCGUGAAAUAUGGAAAGGACGCACUUCGUUCACCGGCCAUGGACUUGAAUUGGUGGCAAGUCGAACUUUUAGAUGUAUAUGCAUUUCUACUGUUCACUUCGAUCGUUAUCGUUUACAUAACAAUUCAUUUAACUCUAAUGUUUCUGAACAUGAUAUCAUCAAAGGUAAACAUCAAGGUUUCACGCGUGAAAAAGAUGUUGUUAACAAGUCCAAAGAUGCGGCUCGUCCUAUCAUUUUUUCUGGCUUUUAUAGCCUGCCAAUGUUCCACCGAUGGAUAUAGAAUUUUGGGUGUGUUUCCAAUUAAUGGAAGAAGUCAUUGGAUCAUGAUGGAGGCACUGAUGAAAGGACUCGCUGAACGCGGUCACCAAGUUGACGUAGUCACGCAUUUUAAAACAAAGUCUACCAAUCCCAAUUAUAGAGAGAUUAUUCUAGAGAACAUUUUGGGAUCAGCUGUGAACAACCUAACCGCGAAAGAAAUCUUAUAUUUCGGCAGUAUGAAUAUAGAACGUUUAACAUAUAUGGCAGGUCUAAAAUUAUGCGAGCUGAUGGAGCAACCGCGAUUACAAGAAAUUAUAAAAAACCCGCCAAAAAAUCCACCUUACGAUCUCGUUAUUACAGAGCUGUUUGCCGGUCAUUGUUAUCUGGCGUUUGGUCGUCAUCUGAAAGUACCGAUGAUUGGAAUGAUGAGUUCACCGUUUCACGAUUGGGCUGCUCAUCAAAUAGGUGUACCGGACGAAACGUCUUACGUACCAAAUAUUUUCUCGGGUUACUCGCAACAGAUGACAUUCUGGGAGAGAUUAAUAAACACGAUAACAAUUCGUUAUUUGCAAAUGCAAAUGGAUUAUUACACCAAUUUACAAACAGAAAUAGUGAAAAGAUCUUUCGGUAUAGACGCGACUAUAAACGACCUCUUCAAAAAUCUCUCAUUGGUACUCGUCAAUUCUCAUCAUAGUAUGCACGGUAUCAGACCAUUUCCGCAAUCGGUAGUCGAAGUCGGUGGAUUGCAUCUUACCAACGACAUUGAUCCACUCGCACCGGAAGUGCAAAAGUGGCUAGACGAAAGCAAACACGGAUGCAUUUAUUUCACGUUCGGUUCUAUGGUCAGAAUCGAAACGUUUUCGAAAGAAUUGAUGGAAGCAUUUUACAAAGCAUUUGAAAAAAUAGCGCCCGUGCGUGUAUUAAUGAAGGUGGCAAAGAAGGAAGAAUUGUUACCAGGCUUACCGAAAAAUGUGAUGACGCAAAGCUGGUUUUCUCAGAUACCGAUAUUGAAGCACAAGAACACACGUGUGUUCAUAACCCACGGUGGUCUUAUGGGAACAACGGAAUCGAUAUUCUGUGGGGUUCCAAUGAUAGGUAUACCACUUUUCGGCGAUCAGAAAGUAAAUAUACAAAAUUAUGUAAAAAGGAAGGUAGCCAUUUCCCUUGGUUCGAUUCAUGAGGUCACCGAAGAAAAAUUGACAAAUGCUUUGGAAACUAUCUUAAAAGAUCCAUCUUACACGACAAACGUGAAAAAACUUUCUCAGUUAUUCGUCGAUCGGCCACAAACAGCGAUGGAUACGGCUACGUAUUGGGUAGAAUAUGUUAUAAAACACGGUAAUAUCUUGCAAUCGCCGGCCAUUCAUUUACCUUGGUGGCAAAAAAGUUUGCUUGACAUCUAUGGAGCGUUACUACUUGCUAUCAUUAUAACGCUCUAUUUAAUCAUACUUGUUCUACGUGGACUAAAAUAUAUUUAUCAGCGUAAUUUCGGAGAUUCCGAUAAUAAGAAGAAAACGUCGAAAUCGAAGAAAUACAAUUGAUGAAAUAUCACGAGUGAUAUUUAAAUGUGUAUGAACAUUUUUCGUAAUAUAAAUAAGGGGAUAAGAUAAAUUGUGAUCGAUCGAAAAAACAAAAAGAGAAAGAGAAAGAGAAAGUUCGAUUUGCUUGCAAAAGACUAUCUUUACGUACGUGUGCGUGUGCGUGUGUGUGUGUUUAUAUAUAAUGCAUACAUGUAUAUAUAUAUAUAUAUAAUAUGUUAAACGAGAUAAUCGAAAAAAAUUUCGAGAUCAAACAAUUCAUGUACAAUAGUCUUCGAUAAUAUCAAAUAUGAUAUUUAUCUUGUUUUUCUUUUUUUGUUGACACAAUGACGCGAUAGACGCACAUAGUUUUUUCCAAGAUCAUAUUAUCAUUAUAAGAGGAUAAUGUACAGUCAUAUUUUUGUUUCAUAAAAAAAAAUAAAAUAAAAUAAAAUAAGAAAGAAGACAAAGAGAAAAACUUUCGAUUUAUCGAAUCAAUCAAUGAAGUAAAUUAUAAUAUUUCAAUGUUACUUCUCGACAAUGUGAAAAGCGUUAUACAUAGCUUUAUGAGAUUUGACCGCAGUAUCGAUUAAUCAAACGAAACAACAUUUAAUUAAUUUAAUUGAAAAUUCCUCGAACAUUUAAAUUCAUUCAAACGUGAUAUAUCAUAUUAUAUAUCCCCAAAUAGUUUUACGACGAGUCAAAUAGGCAAACACGAUGUUAGAAAAAUAUUAUAUCCGUUAAAAUUAUGAUAUUAUGAUAAUCUAUGUCAACUUUCAUAUCGGGUUUUCUUUUCUUUUUUACUUUUUUCCUCCUUUUUUUUCUUUUUCUUCUCUUUUUUUUUUUUACUGCAUACAUUUUUCUGUUUGAAUAGUCUAAUCAAUUACUUAAUGCAUCUACUAAUGCAUAUUUUUAAUAACUUCUUGGAAAAUAUUUAACGAUAAGAUCUAAGUAUCCAUGAUGCAUAUACUAUCAAAGAUAUUAUCAAACACACACACACACACACACACACACACAUAUACACAGAACUGAGUAAUCAUAGGAAAGGUUUUCAGUUAUAUAAUGUGACAUAGCCUUUCUAGAACUCUUUUUUUUUUAGAAAAGCGUAAAAGUAUUCAUUUAAUACGAGCUAUAUCAUCGAAUUUCUUUUUUUUAUUUUUUACAUUUAAUCUUACCUGGCGGAGAAGUGGUGUUUACGGAUUGUUGCUCGUAACAUUCUUGUUCUCGUUCAAAAAGAAUUCGAUUGAUCUCUUGAUCGACGAGAAUAGUACCUGCUGUUGCGUUCAUUGACAUCUAAAGAAAAAAAACAAUAGACAAAUACAAUAUACAGAUAUGUACAUAUACAUAAAAUAUAUAUUAUAUCUAUGUAUGUACAUAUGUAUGUGCGAGUUGUAUGUACGUACAUAUGUAUGUACACUUAUGUGCGUACGUUUGUUAAUAUUUUCAGAGUAUUAUAUUUCCUUUAGAAAAAGAGAAAAAAGAAAAUAGAAAAACAAAAGGAAUUAAAAAAUAGAAAAGACAAAUAAAUCUAAAACACACAAUAUAUAAUUUUUCUAUUUAUUACUUAUUCAAUUGCAAGCGUGUAAAGAUUCGUUCCCAUUUCCAAGGAUUAGCGAUGAAAUGAUGAAAAAAAAAAAAAAAAGAAAAAAUUUGACUCAAUAUACUUUCGACUUGAUUGUUUUGUCGAAGAAACGGUUUGAAACAUUGUUCCAUUAGCGAUAUGAAGCUUAUCGGAUUAGCGAAUUCUGAUUUUCUUUUUUUUUUUUUUAGAAAAAAAAGAAAGAAAAAAAACAAAGAAUAAAAAAAAAGAAAAAAAAAGAAAAAGAAAAGAAAUUGAAACGGAAAGAAGAAAAAGAAUUUUAUCCGAGGAUUAGCAACAAUUCUCUCAAAUCCUUCCUCCCACUUUUGAUUUCUCGCGUGAAUGAACUGCUUUUACCAAAUUCGAGACCACGUGAGUGCUGAGUAAUCCUCACUCUUCUAUUACAUCGGGGUAUUAGUCUGGUAUUACGAUAGAUUUUCGGUAUUACUCCAAUUCUAGUCCUAGUUAAUGAGUGAACAAUUAGGAGAAAUUUCACAAACGUACGCACACAAACAAACAUAGACACAUAAAUAAGAAAAAUAAUAUCAAUAACCAUAAAAAUAUUAGUUAGAUCCCCGAAGAUCGAUACGCGCACGAAUUACCAUGAAUAUCAAGAAAAAUAUCAAGAAAAUUAAUAUUACCGUCACGAGAUCGAUCCUCUAUGGGAAAACCUAAUCGUUCCGGUAUUUUCCGUUGUCGAUGGAUAACUGAAAAUCAAAAAGAAAAAAUAAAGGGGGUUUAAUAGGGACGUGACAUUUUUAUCAAAAAAUUUUAAUGAAAGAGAAAAAAAGAAUGAUGAUAACGACGAUGAUGAUAGUAACGAUACUCGAUAUAUGUGAAUACAGCUUGAGUGCGAGACGUCUCUUAUAAACUAAUUAAAAUGUAUGCAUCAGAUAAAAUCAGUAAUAUCUCUAUUAAAUGAUGUCUAUAAUUGAAA